AUGGCUGAUAUACCAGAUUUUCUAAACGAUACGAGCUUAUUGCUACCAAAUAGCCCUAUCUCAAUACCUUCAGACUCUUCUACACUUGUAAUUCGCGAGACUAUAUCGAAUGCAUAUAGAACAAUAGCCGAGAAGAUAGGACCUCAUAAUGAGAACCUCGAUAGCGAGCCGUUUUUUUCCAAGAAAACGACUACGGCCUUGACUGAUCUUGGUGGACCAGCAACUGUAUACGCAGUGUUAUAUACUGGAAAAUUGUUUACUAAAAGGGAGGAUAAAGUGUCUAAUAGCAGAGCACGAGGGUGUUGGGUGCUUGCUGGGAAUGUGCUAGAACUUUUACUCGAAAGAAGGGAAGCGGGUGUCUCGGAACGUGAGGUGCUCUGGGAAGCUCUGCUUAAACCCUGGAAAAUUGAUAGCAUAGAGAAGAGUGCGUUGGAUAUUGCAACUAGGGCAGAAGCGCGUCAUUUCCUCGUCUUGCCAAGUGUUCAGUCAUUUGUACAGGCUUUAUGGAAAACGGGUAGGAAAAUAUCUGAUCCUAUGUUAGUUGACUCACCACUUUCAACUAGAAAGGCCAAAUUCAAGCGUAUAACAGAGAUUAUAACUACCCCAAGAUUCCAGAAUACGACGACAGUAAUAAUGAACUUUGCGUUCCUUGCAUUAUAUACUUAUGUCGUCAAUUGCACAGACUACAAAUCAGGUGCACCCAAUAUUUCAGAGUGGUCGCUUUAUCUAUGGGCAUUUGGAUUCCUUAUUCAAGAGUUUAAAAAGAUGCGCGACAUGAAGUCAAUAUAUUUUAGAAUACCGUCAUCUUACAUAACGCUGAGCUUCCCAUCGAUCCUCUUUUUUGCUUUCAUAGCCCGCGCGUUUAACGUCACUUUCUCCGGACCAAUGUUUCUUGAAUUUGAUUUACUUUCACUUACAUCGUUACUAUUAUACGCCAACACUAUAAUCUGGCUCGACUCUAAUAGAGCAUGCGGAAAGACAGUAAUCGUGUUUAACGCUAUAAUGAGCAGGAGUCUAUGGUUCCUGCCACUUAUUUUGGCGGUGACAAUUGGAACAGGGCAAGCGAUAUGGUCCGCCGAGAAAGGCGGCGCAGCCGUUGAGUCAGUGUUAAUAUUGUCAACUUUAUCAUCAUCAUUUACCGGAAGAUUACUCAUCGCUUACACUGUAAUAGCUACGCUUUUAUUAGUCAGCCUACUGAUUGCGUCAUUCUCAGCUUGCUAUUACCAACUUGUUCCAUCAUUAGAAGCAGAGUAUGCUCUUUAUUUCACCCGGAAAGCUACUGGCUUAUUCCACUCGGUAUAUGUUUUCCCACCACCAUCCAACGUGAUGCAAGUAAUCAUAAGAAAAGUGUCGCAACACGUGCUCCGCAAGAGGAACAGCAUCGUAUGGAUUGAGCACAUGAUGUGGUGGAUCAUGUUCGCUGCAUUUGUCAUAUGCGUGGUAUCAUGGGAGAUAGUAUUGAAAAUGAUAGGUCCAGUUAAGCGGGCGAUGGCGAAAUCUUACACCAAGUUGCGUACAUGGAUACACUGUUCUCCACAAUCAUCUUCUUUCUACCCUCCUUCCUCUACCCAUUUUUCCUCAUUUUUGCAAAUCGAGCAUCUCAAAGACGCCAUAGAACCAGAAGAACGUGCACUUAAUCGCGAUCUACAGCUUGGCAAAAUAGUCGACACUCUCCUUCGCAUCGAAACCAAAUUACACGAAUUCGACUCUCGCAUUGAAACGCUCGAACGUCUAAGCCAGGAACGGCAUUUGAGCCUAGACACGAAACUUACCUCCCUUGAAUCCGUCUCUCGUAUUCAACAUGGUACGCUAACCCACGUUAAUCAAAUGCAAGUAGAUACCGUGGGUGCUGUUACAAAGGUUGAGAAGACUAUCGUUGAGCGAUUGAAUAAGGUGGAAGAUACACAGAUAGAAGGGAUCAAAAAAUUGGAAUAUAAACAAUUGGAAAUCGAGAAGAAGAUACGGGAGACUUUGCCGAAGAUGAUGGAGAAAGAAGUAGAAGUAGAAAAAAGGUUGGAUAUGGUCGAGCACGUAGUAGUCAGACAUGAUAUUGACAAUGAAACAGUAGAUUGGUUUGGGCGAGCUAUGUGA